CUUUGAGAGAGGGUCUCACUAUGACUGGCCUGGAACUCAGAGAAAUCUGGCUGCCUCUGCUUCCUGAGUCCUGAGAUUAAAGGCAUGGACCUCCAAGUCUAGCUUACUUUGAGAUUAAUUUUUUAAAUUAUUUUUUGUGUGUGAAUGUUUUGCCUGCAUAUAUGUAUGUGUACCACAUACAUAGAGUUGCUGGAGUAGGUCAGAAGAUUGGAACUUGAGUUAGAGACAGUUGUGAGCCACCAUAUGGGUAUUAGGACUCAAAUCCAAGUCCCCUGGAAAAGCAGUCAGUGCUCUUUACCAUAGAGCCAUUUAUCCAGCUUUCACUUUGAGAUUUUAAAGUCAGUUUUCAUCUAUUAAUAUCACCAUCUAGCUGGGAGAGGUAGAGCCAGGUGAAUCUCUGUGGGUUCAAGUGCAGCCUGAUCUACAUAGUGAAUUCUAGGACAGCCAGAGCUACACAGAGAGAUCCCAUCUCAACCCCCACCCACCCCUUUCUAGAGGUCUCAAACCACAGUUUUCAGGCUAGACAGUUUGUAUUUCAGCCUUUGGCAUCCCAUUAUUGAUGUCUAAAUUCUGAGAUCAAUGUCUGGGAAUUUGCUGGUUUUAGUUUUAGAUCCAAAUUUUAGGAGCUUAAGUUUACCAUUUGGAAUUUGUGAUCCUCUAUUUAGUUUAGGGUUUUAAUUUAGAUUCCUGUGCCCAUAGUUGUGUCCUAUUUUAGGAUCUCUGGGUGCUUUAAAGAUGCACCAUGGGGGUGGGGAAGGGUGUACAUGAUUUGUCCCAUUCAUUCUGGAGUCCCGAAGGUCACUAAUAAUUUGUUUCCCUCUGUGCAGAUGUUGAGUUCCGGCAGAUACUUGUGUUUCCCUGAUGAGCUCAGAGCUAGUUCUUUGAGUCCUACUGACAGGAAGGAUAAGAAGAACCACACAAACAAGCUUCGAGAGCUGGCCUUGCUGAUCCCUGUGACCAUGAAAACCAGAAACAAGAAGCACACCAAGAAGGAGAUCCUGCUACGUGUCCUGCACUACAUCCAGUACCUCCAGAGAAGCAUUGAUGUGGCCAAGGCGUUGCUCAAGCUCCACAACAGCAAUAACAGAGGUGGAUUUGUGGGGCUGGGUCGGAAUCCAUCUGCCGGCCCAACCCGGAGGAGAAGCUCCACCCCCUCCAGCUCUCAGAAGUCACACCUUUGGGGAACCUGCUCGAGACCUCGAAAGAAGAAGUUCACCCGAGUGUCAGAGCGCCCAACCUGGCCCCAGAAGCCUCGCCACUCUCUGGCUCUGGACCAGUCUGAAAAUCUGGUCACUGCACACCCAGGUCAGAAGGAAGAAAACGGUGCCACUUACCCAAGAGAUCUCAGCCCUGGCACCCACCCUACAACUGCACCGUCCCUGUUGGAAGAUGAUGGAGGAGGGGCCCAGCUGGUGUUCCUGGACAUGGCUCAGAACAUUGUUGCCCAUGACAUCACAAGUGAUCAUGGUGCAGGGACCCAGGAUGGUGAGCCUGACAUUGACAUCAAGGCGCAGAGCAGGGUUCAGCGGUCCUAUUUCCUCACCAGGGCACAGCCCUGUCUCAGUGAGGCAGACAAAGAAGCCCCAGACACUGACCCCUGGCUUCCUGCGUGGACCUCAGAGGACAGCCCCAACGGGAGCCCACUGGCCUCGGGGUCUUCCCAGAUCAAUACCUGGCAUGUGACGAACUACCUGAGUGAGAUCUUAGGACUCAGCUCUUCCCUCUUCAGCUCCCCAAGCAAAAUCCUGCCAGAUCAUGUCCUGGAGGACGGAACCUACUUUCUGACUGAAGGUCUCUUGGAGUCUUCAGCUGCUGCCUGUGAACUGGAGGGUCCCCAAGAGAAGGACACACCCUCUGAGGGCCCCAGAGGCCCUCCUAACUCCGAGUCCUCAGUCUCACUGGACCACUGCUACCUAUCGCUGAGUGAGAACAUCAAGGUGCUGUCCAGCUGCAGCUCCAGUUCGGAGUCCACAGACACUGAGUCCCUGUGGGGACAGGAGCAGGCCAACCGUGAGGGCUUGCAGACCCCCAGUGAUGAGGACAGAGACUACACAUGGACUCCUACCCGACGGUCUUCUGGCCAGCUGGUAGCUGGCAAGAAAACCAAGAAGGUCCAGGCAAGCCAGGGCCCUGUGAAGCCCAAAGACAGCAGAAAAGCCUGCCCUGGCCAGGUGAAGAAAAAGUGUGUUAAUGGCUUCAUCAUGUUCUGCAGGAUGAACCGGAAGCAGUACAUUCGAGCCUGUCCUGGGACUGCAUCCACAGCUGCCACCAAGGAGCUGGCUCAGCUGUGGCGAAGAAUGACUCUGGAGGAAAGGAGACCAUACUGCACCAAGGCACGCAGGUUCAGCCGCCAACACAACCGCAUUGUGAAGCAGGAGAGCUCCAGCAGUGAGGAUGAGGAUGGGGAGACCCCCAAGCCCUUCUACCAGCUGCUGGCUGAGAAGGCCCAAGUGUCUUUGGGCCUGGCUGCACUGCUCUCCCUGCAUGGCCAGUGAGAGAGCAGCCCCUGCUGGGUCUGCCAUCUGCUUAGCUCCUAGGUCCCCCAAUGUUUGUUCCCUCUGGGCCUCAGCAGCCUCUGCUAAGGAUCCCCUGCCCAGUCCCCAACUCCUGGCACCAGAGAAGUGUAUUUACUGACCCAAGGCUGUUCUCUGCCUUGUGUACAGCCCUUCCCACCUGUUCUUACAGGAUGGGUGCCCCAGAUGAAAUGCAGAGCUCCCCUCUGCUUCCAGAAUCAUAUGUUUCAGCCAUUUGUUUUCAAUGCAUCCUUCCCUGCUCUAUUAA